AUGAAGACCCAUCUCUACCUUCUUUUGCUGGCUGCAGGCAUCUCUGCUGUAUCCCAGGCAAGCAGCAUGGCCGAGUUACUGACAUUAUUACAGCAAAUGUCUAAGUCAAUGACAACAGACAAACAGAAUCUAAGGAUUGAAACUCCAGACAAUAUAGAUGACAUGAAUUGUGUCAGCACAAUCUUUGAAGGAACGGAACAGCUGAAAACUAAUCCCACUAUGGCAAAAUUCAGUGUUUUUUUCCAAAAAUUUGAACAGCUGAGGCCAUCGCUCACAGCAAGCCUGGCAAGAGAGGGGAAGUGCAAUACGGAAAGAACGAACGCAACGACAUUCAUAGGAAAGCUGAUGACGUUCAUUCGAAUAGCAUCAAAGAAAGCAAGAGCGUAG